GCGUUACCUGGAGCGGUUUCCCUUGUUAAAAUCAGGGAAGUCGCAGACUCCAGCCUCUCUGUUCCGCCUCACCCCGCUCUUCAACAGCGGAGAAUAUAAGUCGGAGGAGCGGUUGCAGGGCAGACGCUACGUGGGGAACCUGUCGAGAGAUGUGACCGAAGCUCUGAUCCUCCAGCUGUUCAGCCAGAUCGGACCGUGCAAAAACUGCAAAAUGAUUAUGGAUACAGCUGGAAACGACCCGUACUGUUUUGUGGAUUCUGAUGAGCCCGGCCCGGGGCCCGCAGCGCUGGCUGCCAUGAACGGCCGGAAGAUAAUGGGUAAGGAGGUCAAAGUGAACUGGGCGACCACCCCAAGCAGCCAGAAGAAAGACACCAGCAGUAGUACCGUUGUCAGCACGCAGCGUUCGCAAGACCAUUUCCACGUCUUUGUCGGAGACCUCAGUCCGGAAAUCACAACCGAAGACAUAAAAGCAGCUUUCGCUCCGUUUGGAAGAAUAUCAGACGCCCGCGUGGUUAAGGACAUGGCAACGGGGAAAUCGAAAGGAUACGGCUUCGUUUCCUUCUUCAACAAAUGGGACGCAGAGAACGCGAUUCAGCAGAUGGGUGGCCAGUGGCUGGGCGGAAGGCAAAUCAGGACCAACUGGGCGACCAGAAAACCUCCAGCUCCGAAGAGCACGUACGAAUCCAACGCCAAACAACUGUUGUACGACGACGUGGUCAAUCAGUCCAGCCCCAGCAACUGCACGGUGUACUGCGGCGGCGUCACUUCGGGACUCACAGAACAGCUCAUGCGCCAGACCUUUUCUCCCUUCGGGCAGAUCAUGGAAAUCCGAGUCUUCCCAGACAAAGGCUACUCCUUCGUACGGUUUAAUUCUCACGAGAGCGCCGCCCACGCCAUCGUCUCCGUCAACGGGACGACCAUCGAAGGGCACGUCGUGAAGUGCUACUGGGGCAAGGAAACGCCGGACAUGAUCAGCCCGGUCCAGCAGAACCAGAUCGGCUACCCGCCGGCCUACGGGCAGUGGGGCCAGUGGUACGGCAACGCCCAGCUCGGCCAGUACGUGCCCAACGGUUGGCAAGUCCCCGCUUACGGCGUCUACGGCCAAGCGUGGAACCAGCAGGGCUUCAA